AUGUAUCUGGCAAAGGUUUCUUCCGUGAUCGCAUCUGGGCUGGCUCUGUCGGUCUUCGGCAGCGUUUUUGACCCCAAGAGCUAUGCCACAAAAGAUGUCAUAGUCGCCGAUGUUGUCCUUGUUGGAGGGGGAUGCUCAGGAACAUAUGCCGCCAUCAACCUGCGGAGGUUAGGACAAAGCGCAGUGAUUGUGGAAAGAAAGGAACGUUUGGGUGGCCACACGAACACCUACACUGAUAAAACCACUGGUUUCACUGUGGAUUUUGGCGUCCAGAGGUUUCUAAGCAGCUCUAUCACGCGUGACUAUUUUGCCCACUUCAACAUCUCCCUUGUCAACUAUACCCGACCUAAUAUCACCACAUCGCUGGCAGAUUUUAACACAGGAAGACCUGUGCAUGUCAAGCCCAGUCAAAACUUGACCGGAUGGGCCGUCCAGCUUGCCCGGUACCCUUGGCUGGAUUCUACCUGGAAAAUCCCGCAGCCAGUUGCCCCAGACCUACUCCUACCAUUAGAAGAAUUCCUCGUCAAAUAUAAUAUCUUCGAUGCUGCUUUCAACCUUUAUCUUAGCUCGCAGGGAGUAUCCAAUCCAUUGAAGCAACUGACAGUCGACGUGAUGAAGAUUGUGGACCCUGUCUAUCUGAGUGAAUUAACAGGUGCCAGCCUUGUCACCGCAGAUAACAAUAACUCCGAGCUAUAUCUUAAGGCUAUCGCUGAGCUGGGAUCAAACGUCCUCUUCUCCUCGACAGUGAUAGCUACUGCCAGAUCACAAAAUGGACAAGGCGUCUCACUGGUUGUCAAGACACCCACGGGAUCCAAGCUCGUUAAAGCAUCCAAGCUUCUAAUUACCAUUCCGCCAACCCUAGAAAACAUGAUGCCAUUCAACCUGAGCCCACAGGAGCAUCGAAUAUUCUCCAAAUGGACAUAUAUGGGGUACUAUACCUUGGUGCUCAAUAACACUGGCUUACCCGACGGGUAUCAGUGGAUCAAUGCGAAUGAUUCAUCCGCAACGUACCACAUUCCUCAGCAACCUGGGGCUUCCCAGAUCACAAGCACCCGUACUCCGGGAGUGUUUUACGUCUGGUACCGCAGCCCAUCACAUAUGACGCGGAUGGCAGUCGAGAAAGCGACUAUACGGGCAAUCCAAAAUAUACAGAUGGCACACAACCUUACUAUCACCUCUCCCCAAAUCAUCAAAUUCGAAUCCCACACGCCUUUCAAGCUCAGUGUGUCCGCUCAGGCUAUCAGAGAUGGGUUCUACCGUGACCUGUAUGCGUUGCAGGGCAACCGCAGCACUUGGUAUACCGGCGCUGCAUUGAUCUCUCACAACGGAGGGGUUAUUUGGAAAUUCACAAAGGAACUACUGCCCAAAAUUGUAGCGGCUUGA